AUGUUUUCCACAUCGACAACACAAAAUAGUCAAGAAAUCAAUCUAUCUAUCUAUCUAUCUAUCUAUCUAUCUAUCUAUCUAUCUCAGUCUAUUCACAUAUAUCUAUCUAUCUACCUAUCUAUCUCGGUCUGUUCAUAUCUAUUUCGGUCUGUUGAUAUUUAUCUAUCUAUCCAUCCAAGCCUGUUGAUAUCUAUCUAUCUAUCUAUCUAUCUAUCUAAGUCUUUUUAUAUCUAUCUAUCUAUCUAUCUAUCUAUCUAUCUAUCUAUCUAUCUAAUCUGUUUAUAUCUAUUUAAGGCUGUUCAUAUCUAUCUCAUUUGUUCAUAUCUAUCUAUCUAUCUAUCUAUCUAUCUAUCUAUCUAUCUGUCUAUCUAUCUAUCGCAUCUAUUCUAUCUAUCUAUCUAUCUAUCUAUCUAUCUAUCUAUCGCAGUCUGUUCAUAUCUAUCUAUCUAUCUAUCUAUCUAUCUAUCUAUCUAUCUAUUUAUCCAAGUCUUUUUAUAUCUAUCUAUCUAUCUAUCUAUCUAUCUAUCUAUCUAUCUAUCUAAGUCUGUUCAUAUCUAUCUAUCUCAUUUGUUCAUAUCUAUCUAUCUAUCUAUCUAUCUAUCUAUCGCAGUCUGUUCAUAUCUAUCAAUCUAUCUUUAUAUCUCAUUCUGUUUAUACGAAACUCUGUUUCUAUCUAUCUAUCUAUCUAUCUAUCUCAGUCUGUUCAUAUCUAUCAUUUUAUCUAUCUUUCUAUCUCAGUCUUUUUGUAUCUAUCUAAGUCUGUUUAUAUCUAUCUAUCUAUCUAUCUAUCUAUCUAUCUAUCUAUCUAUCUAUCAUGACCCGCGACUGUCAACUCCUUUGUUCAUCUCCACCGACAGCUUCCCAUCUACCUACCUGCAACUUCAAAAACUGAGCUUUCUAACUACGACUACAGUUAUAUGA